AUGUUAUGUGGUGCUGUAUUUAUAGUUUAUAUCUUGGUUUCAUUGCAUAUACCAUUCAUACCAGAGUCUGUAGCAAUAGUUGUCUAUGGUAUUAUAAUUGGAAUCAUCGCAAGAUUUACCAACAGUGCCAUGGCAGAGAGAGUGACAACUUUCAAUCCAGACCUAUUCUUCCUAUUCAUACUUCCAACGAUCAUCUUUGAGACUGGAUUCUCAUUGCCAAAGACGGACUUCUUUCACCAUUUUAUACCAAUCAUUAUAUUUGCCGUGUUUGGUACAAUGAUAUCAUUUGCUGUUACAGGUGCAGGAGUUUAUGUAGUUGGACUUCUUGGAUGGUCUUAUCCACUAAGUGCCAAGGACUCAUUCAUAUUUGGAGCAAUGACAUCGGCAACAGAUCCUGUGGCUACUUUGGCAAUCUUCCAAGCACUUAAUGUCGACUCCACUUUGUAUAUGUUAGUGUUGGGUGAGAGUAUAUUGAAUGACGCUACUGCCAUUAUGCUCUAUCGAACAGUUGAGAAUUUCUCACUCAACCUACUCUGGAUCAACUUAUUGACAUUCUUUGCAGUAUCCAUUGGUAGUGUUGCACUUGGAAUUGUCAUGGCACUUGUACUCUCAUUGAUGCUCAAGUUUAUCAACUUCGGUAAAUUCCCAGCCUUGGAGACAAUAUUUAUGAUUAUGUUCUCCUAUGCCUCUUAUGUCCUUGCAAAUACAUUGGAGAUAUCUGGAAUAUUGGCUGUGUUCUUCUUUGGUAUUACAUUCAAUCAAUAUGGUGCGUACAGCUUGUCACCUUACACCAAGUUGACAUCCAAACAACUAUUCAGGACAGCAGCAUUCAUUUGUGAAACAUGUGUCUUUAUCUACAUUGGUAUAUCAGCAUCAUUCCACAGCUUUACAUUCAAUACUGGUCUAUUCAUUUGGAGUUUUGUAUUCUUAUUGGUAUCCAGAGCAAUGUCAGUGUUCCCAAUAUGCUUUAUACUCAACAAGAUUAAGAAGGAUAAGAUACCAAUGCCAAUCCAGGUGGCAUUAUGGUUUGCUGGAUUGAGAGGCGCAAUAGCCUUCUCUCUAAGUCUCUUCUACAAAUCUCCAUCACAGGCUUACAUUCAAACCGAUGUAUUGUUGAAUGUCUGUGCCACUCUGUUCAUCCUGGGCAUUGGUACAUACCCUCUGCUCAAGGUGUUGGGUAUCAAGACGGCCUCAUCAGAUCAAUCACUCAACAACAUCACACAGGUAAUGAGCAAGAAGACCAAGGCAAAGGAGAGGACAAAGUUGUAUCAGAGUAUCGAUGACAAGUACUUUAAGAAGUGGUUCAGGAGAAAGCUGCCGCCACUGUCCAACGAGGCCAUUCAGAUCUUUGAGCGAUUGGUCAAGUUCUCAAAUGAAGAGGAUAUCGACACGUACACAUUCAACUCGCCAGAGUUGAGAUUCGAGCUACUGGAGAAUGCUGAGGACAACUUCAAUCACAACUCUGAUCCAACAUCGCCAUUGAUAGAAGGUGGUCCACUGGUACUC